CACCCAUACCUUCCUCAUAGCCAGCUGGCCCCUACUGCUGUAGAGAAAGCAGUCAGGGCACCAUGGGCUCGGCGCAGACUCCCAGGGGCCCGAGCAUCCUCUUCAUGGUGAUCGUGCAGGUGUUGCUGCAGUCCCUCUCGGUGGCGGUGACCUAUGUGUACUUCUCCAGCGAGCUGAAGCAGAUGAAGGACAAGUUCUCCAAAAGCAGCACCGAUUGCCCCUUACAGGAAAACAACAGUUCUUGGGAUGCCGUCGAUGAUGAAGAGGUUUUGAGCAGCGCCUGCUGGCCGACCAGGAGGCACCUACAUCGGCUCAUUAGAAAGAUGGUUUUGAAAACCUUUGAGGAAACCAUCCCUGCUGCUCAAGGGCACUAUCAAAGCAUUCCCACCCUACCAGGAGAACUGAGACGUGACAGACCGGCAGCUCACAUAACAGGCGUGCAUCGGACACACAGUGCACUGCUAGACUCCAAGAAAGGAAAGCCCUUGGGCUCGAAAAUAGUAUCCUGGGAGUCAUCAAGGGAAGGACAUUCAUUCCUCAAUAAGUUGCACUUGAGAAAGGGAGAGCUGGUCAUUCAAGUAGCAGGGUUUUAUUAUAUCUAUUGCCAGACAUACUUCCGGUUUCGAGAAGAACGUGGACAGAAAAGGGAAAACAAACAGAUGGUGCAGUACAUCUACAAGUCCACGAGCUAUUUUGACCCCAUCAUGCUGAUGAAGAGUGCUCGGAAUAGCUGUUGGUCCAAAGAAACUGAAUAUGGACUCUACUCCAUCUAUCAAGGGGGGCUUUUUCAGCUUCAGGAAAAUGACAAAAUUUUUGUCUCCGUAACGCAUGACAAGUUGGUUGACUUGGACCAAGAAGCCAGCUUCUUUGGGGCCUUUUUAGUUGGCUAAAUGGCCUACAAGAACAAAGCAAUAUGUCCAAGAUGUCCUUUAUGUUGAAUGGAUUAUUGAAGAUUACUGAAGAUUAUGAAGAACGAGCCUUGUGCAUCUGGCUUACUUGGGUCCUGGGGAAUCAAACCUGGGUUUGCUGACAAGCACCUUAACUGCUAAGCCAUCUCUCCACCAUGAACCACUCUUUCUUUUUUACCUUAGAGAUAAUCUUAUUUUUUAAUUUUUAUUUUUUUAUUGAAAACUUCUAUUAUUAUAGGCAAUAAUAAACCAUGACAAUUCCUUCCCCUCUUUCCUUCACAACUCUACUUCCCAUCAUACUUCUUCCCCCUCUCAAUCAGUCUCUCUUCUUUUGUGGCCAUCUUUUCCUCCUAUUACGAUGGUCUUGUAUAAGUUGUGUCAGGCAUUGUGGGGUCAUGGACAUCCAGGCCAUUUUGUGACUGAAAGAGCUCAUUUUAAGGAGUCCUACCCUUCCUUUGGAUCUUACGUUCUUGCACCCUGACCCAAUCUUUACACACACAUCACAAGUUAGCUUUGUGUUGUCUGAAUGUUGUGUUGGUUGAUCUUGACUGAGUUGAAACUUGUAAAACACCCCCCCGCCUGCAAGUGUGCCUGCCAGAACAUGUCCAAAGGUGAUCAGACCACAAAGGCUCUGACCUAAUACAUGGAUUAAUCUGCUGAUAAAUUAGGUUUUGAAUUAUGAGAUGGCAGCGAGCUUUGGGGUACCAGGGGCAGAUUGUUAUGGCUUGAGUGAGAGGCAUCUCCCCACAGGUUCACAGUUCCAGAGAAACCUUAGGAGUUGGAGGCUGGCUGGAAGAAGUGGAUCACUGGGGGGUUUGCCUUUGUCCCCCUUCCCUCUGUGUUUCCUGUCCACCAUGAUGUGAACAGUUUCUUCCACCUGCUCUUCUCACCGUGAUGUCUGUCUCACCAUUGGUUCAGAAUCAAGAGAGCCAAGAAUUCUGGUCUGAAACUUCUUGGUCUAUGAGCUAAGAUAAGUAAUUCUUCUUUUUUUUAAAUAUUUUUUGUCAUUUUUAUUUCUUUAUUUGAGAGUGACAGAGAGAGAGGGAGAGA